GGAGGGAUGACGAAGAUAACAGAGAUUGUUGCCAUUGGAGAGGAAUAACAUGCAACAAUGAAACUGGUCAUGUAAUGGUGCUUGAUCUCCAUGGUGGUUAUUGGGUAGCACCGCGUUUGAGAGGUGAAACAAUAUUACUUCAUUGAUUGAGUUGCAAAAUUUGGAAUAUUUUGAUCUCAGUUAGAAUAGUUUCCAUGGUAGUCAAAUCUCAAAACACAUUGGCUACUUCACCAACUUAAGAUUUCUCAAUCUGUCAUAUUCAUAUUUUGGUGGGAGGAUUCCAUAUGAACUAGGACAUCUCUCAAAGCUGGAGUAUCUUAGUCUUGAAGGAAACUCCCUAGUUGGAGCAAUCCCUUCUCAACUUGGGAACUGUACAAGUUUACGACAUCUUGAUCUAAGUGCAAAUUUUGAUAUUUUUGGAGAAAUUCCUUACCAACUUGGAAAUCUCUCACAACUGCAGUUUCUUGAUCUUUCAACAACUACACUCUCUGGAGUGAUCCCUUUUCAUAUUGGGAAUCUUCCCAUGUUGCAUACUCUCAAGCUUGAUGGAAGUUUUGAUUUCACAAUUGAUGAUGAAGCAACAAAGUGGUUGUCUUCACUCUCUUCAUUAAAAAGUCUUCACUUGACCUCAUUUCCUAACCUUGGCUCCUCACUUUACUGGUUGCAGACAACGAGUAAGCUUAUUCCAAACUUAAGAGAGUUGAGGCUAGUUGGUUGUGGUCUUUCGGAUAAUAAUAUUUUAUCUUUGUUUCAUUCUCAUGCUAACAUUUCAAUUUCUCUCACCAUCCUUGAUCUCUCGGAUAAUAUGCUGACAUCCUCAACUUUUCAUUUCUUGGUCAAUUAUAGCCUUAAAUCUUCAAGAGCUGUAUCUUUCUCAUAACAAUAUGGCUAUGUCAUCCUCUUUCUACUCUCCAAACUAUGCUGCUCUUGUUAAGCUUGAUCUCUCUUAUAAUAAUUUGAGUUCAUCAUCAUUUCAUAGUAUUUUCAACUUCAGCUCAAAAAUACGAGAGAUUUAUCUCAGAAAUUGCACUCUCAUGGAUAGAAGUUUUCUUGUAUCACCGGCUUUCACUGUGAACUCUUCAUCCUCUCUUCUCAUCCUUGAUCUCUCCUCUAAUUUCUUGAAAUCUUCUGUUAUAUUUCAUUUCCUUUUUAACUUCACCACCAGUCUUCGUAGUCUCGAUCUUGGUGAAAAUUGGAUAGAAGGUCCACUUCCAGAUGGAUUUGGGAAAGUAUUGAACUCUCUUGAAUUUCUAAAUAUCGCUUCUAACCAACUGCAAGGCAAGAUUCCAGUUUACCUUGGAAAUAUAUGUACACUGCGAGAAUUAUACCUUCGCAAAAACAACUUUAGUGGAGAUAUUCCAAACAUCUUUCAAAAUUCUACCAGGGGCAACAUGUAUAAGUUUCAGUAUUUGGAUUUAUCUGACAACUGGAUUACUGGCAUGCUACCCAAUCUUUCAACUUUUCCAUCUCUUAGGAAAUUGGAUCUUUCCAAUAACAAGUUAACUGGAGAAAUACCUAAAAGCAUUGGAUUGCUACAUGAGUUGGAGUCUCUGCACCUAGAGGGGAAUUACUUAGGUGGCGACAUCAUGGAAUCAUAUUUCACUAAUUUGUUCAUGUUGAAAGAAUUGGACUUAACAGACAACCCAUUGUCUCUGAAUUUCAGUACUAGUUGGGUUCCACCUUUUCAUUUAUAUAAUUUGGGACUUGCAUCUUGCAGGUUAGGUCCUAGUUUCCCAAAUUGGCUCCAAACUCAAAGUCACUUGAGCUUUCUAGAUAUUUCUAAUGCUGAGAUUAAUGAUUGUGUACCAGAUUGGUUUUGGAGCAAACUACAAUCAAUUACUACGAUGAACAUGUCCCACAAUGGUUUCACUGGUACUAUUCCAAAUUUACCACUCGAGCUUGCUAGUGAUGAUGAUGAUGUAUUUUUAAUUUUGAAUUCAAACCAGUUUGAAGGUGGAAUUCCAGCAUUUAUGUCACAAGCAUUUGCACUGGAUCUCUCCAAAAAUAAGAUUUCAGAAUUGAAUACAUUCUUGUGUGGCAUGAGAGCAAAUACAAACAUGAGAACUUUGGAUUUGUCAAACAAUCAAAUAGCAGAGCAGCUGCCUAAUUGCUGGGAACAUCUAAACUCAUUAAAAUGUGUUGAUGUAAGUGGUAAUAAGUUGUCAGGAAUGAUUCCACAGUCCAUGGGCACCCUUAUUAUUUUGGAAGCUUUGGUUUUACGAAACAACAGUUUAGUUGGGGGACUACCUUCCACUUUGAGAAAUUGCACCAGAUUAGUUGUACUAGACGUGGGUGAAAAUUUAUUAUCUGGACCAAUACCCAAAUGGAUUGGUGAAAGUCUACAGCAAUUGAAAAUUUUGAGCCUGCGAGUAAAUCAUUUCAUUGGAAGUCUUCCAUUAUCUCUUUGUUAUUUGCAACAGAUUCAAGUCUUGGACCUUUCAAGGAAUAACUUAUUCCAAGGGAUUCCGACAUGUCUGAAGAAUUUUACUUCCAUGGUUGAAAGGAGUACAAUCUCAAGUGAAAUUGUAAAGGGAAGAAAAAUAUCAUCUACAGAUACUUACUAUGAUGUUUAUGACUCUAAUGUGUUAUUGAUGUGGAAAAGUACAGAGUAUGUGUUUUGGGAUCCAGAGAUUCUGAGGAGCAUUGAUCUCUCAAGCAACAAUUUGACAAGUGAAAUACCAAAAGAGGUUGUAUGUUUAAUUGGAUUAGUUUCUCUGAAUUUAUCACGAAACAAUCUGAGUGGAGAGAUCCCUUUUGAGAUUGGGAAUUUAACUUCUCUUGAUUUUCUUGACAUGUCAAGAAAUGGUUUACAUGGCAAAAUUCCUUCAUCUCUUUCAAAAAUUGAUCGUCUAGCAAAACUAGACUUGUCACACAACUUGCUCUAUGGAAGAAUCCCAUCUGGAACACAGUUGCAGAGCUUUGAUGGUUCUAGUUUUGAAGGGAAUCUUGAUCUUUGUGGUGAGCCAGUGAACAAAACUUGUCCAAGUGAUAAGACCAAAGUGAAGCCUGAAGGAGUAGCAGAUCAUGAUGAUGGUGAUAAUUCAGUUUUCUAUGAAGCAUUGUACAAGAGCUUGGGCAUAGGAUUCUUCACAGGAUUUUGGGGCUUGAUUGGGCCUAUACUCAUAUGGAGACCUUGGAGAAUUUCUUACCUGAGGUUCUUGAACAGAUUGAUAGACUAUGUAUAUGUCAUGGUUACAGUGAAUGUGGCACAGGUGGCUAAAAGGAUAGCAGAUUAUUAGCUACACAUUUCUGAUGUGGGAUGAAAGAAUAAUGGGUUGCUGGAAAGUUUAAGAAACUUAGAUUUGAUGUAUCCGAUAUAAGAUCUUUAGUAGAUCAUAUGUUUAAAAUAAUGACUUGUAGAGUCACUGUUGAAAGAAACUUAUUGGCCUGGCAGUCCUUUAUUAUGUAGCAUUUGUCAUGUAUUUUAUUUUCUUCUUAAGCUAAGAAGACUAUAUCUAAAAUGUAACAUUUUAAUUCCAUCUUGAAUAAUCUUUCGUGUUAGUUUCUUGCCACAUGCAGAAAAAUUACC